UGGUACUUUGUAAAACGUGAUUACAGUUUAACCGAUUUUUCUUUUGCAGAAAAGCUACGUUUGGGGAGUAAAGUGCUUGACCAAAUCCCUUUUGUUCUGAUUGCAGUCAACCUCAGUCGUGUUGGGAGAAAAAGAUCCUUGACUCCAAACCGGAGCAAUGGCUACAAUGGUGGCCAAGCGAGAAGGACCUCAGUUCAUCAGCGAAGGAGCAGUCCGAGGGAAUGCAGCCAUUCUGGAUUAUUGCAGGACGUCAGUUUCUGCCUUGUCAGGACGAACAGCAGGGAUUCUUGGUUUGACUGGUUUACAUGGCUUUAUCUUCUACUUCUUGGCUUCUGUCCUUCUCUCCAUGCUUUUGGUAUUGAAAGCUGGACGGCGGUGGAAUAAGUACUUUAAAUCCCGAAGGCCACUUUUCACUGGGGGGCUUAUCGGUGGCCUCUUCACAUAUGUUCUCUUCUGGACCUUCCUCUAUGGCAUGGUGCAUGUCUACUAAAAUAGUAACCACUUCAACUGCAAUGGUUUUAAAAGAAAUAGGACUGUUGCCAAAAACUCAUCUAAACAACUAUGCCAGCUUUUUACGUUGUUGUUCACUGCUUGUAUUCUUAAGGCUGUCAGUAACUUAUGUCUGAGUACAAAGUUCUGUAGUAUUUGUCUAAUUACAUGUAAAAUGUCUUAUGAAAGAGUCACUUAAAUUCUCAUAUACAUAUAAAUAGCCUAUCACUGGCAAGGUGGCAUUUUCCACCUUUAUUACAACUGUAUCAAUCAUUCUUGGCUGACUGUGUUCCUUUUACAUUCUGCAUCUGUAAUAUCAGAAACAGCUCUAUUUUAUUUGUGUUCCUACUAUGUUACUGUUUGCACCAGCAUACAAGCAUUGGUAAAGAGUAUAUUUAACUAUAAGCUUAAUGCAACAAAACCUGAAAGGAAAUAGACACAAAAAUGGUUUCACAGUAAUAUAUAAUUAAAGGUACAUGAAACUCUGGACAGAAGUAUCUUAUUUGUCUGGCUCAUAAGUGCUGUGAUCCUUCACAUUGGGUACAGUCCAUUUUACAAAAGGAAAUUAAAGUUAAUAAAACA